AUGCCCGCUCUUCCAAAAAUCAGUGCCCCGCAGCACAUUCUCCAGCUUCUGUCUGAGCUUCAUCGGAAGUCCCUGGACCAGGAAGCUGCCCUAUCAGCCACCGGGAAGGUUUUCUCUGCCCAGCUAAAAGGCGAUCUAGAAGACCAGCACCGAGAUGAGAACCCCGACGACAAAUUCGACAAGCUCAUGCUUGAUAAAUUCAUCGCCCUGGAUGAAGACAAAUGCCAGUUCACCUAUCAGCUCAUCAACGCCAUGGGUGCGACCAAUGUUGUUGAAGCGGGAACUAGCUUCGGAGUCAGCACUAUUUACCUUGCUCUAGCCGUUGGUAAAACAAAGGCCGCCACUGGCAAGACUGGGACAGUCAUAGCCACCGAGAAGGAGGCGCAAAAGGCAAAUGUUGCGCGGAAGUACUGGGCACAGUGUGGUGCAGUGGUUGAGCAGCAGAUUGACCUGAGAGUGGGCGACCUCCUCGAAACUCUGAAGGAAGGGUUACCACAGAUUGAUCUUCUUCUCCUUGAUAUCUGGUCAGCCCUUGCUCUUCCGACACUCAAAACCGUCCUUCCUCGUCUUCGGCACGGUGCGGUUGUGCUCACAGACAACACGAUAUCGGGCGCUGAGGGUUACAAGGACCUUUUGGCGUUUCUACGAACACCGGAAAAUGGCUUUCAAAACAUGACUCUUCCCUUCACCAAUGGGUUUGAGAUGAGUGUAUAUCUACCAGGGACAGAUUAG